GUUGUCAUUGGCAGUGCAAAAUGGCGACGGACAUGGCUUCCCAAAACAAUAACUGUCGAACUACUGACGACAAAGAUCCGUCUACUUCUGUAUCGAAAACACCAGUAGACUUUAUAGAAACCGCAGAAGCAGCAUUUUCUGAAUUUUAUGAUGAGGUAAAAGCAAUAGAAAAACGUGAUUCAGUUUUAACAUCCAAGCAGCAAAUUGAUCGCUUAACAAGACCAGGAGCAACUUAUUUUAAUCUCAACCCCUAUGAUGUGUUACAAAUUGAUCCUGAUACACCUUUGUCUGAAGUAAAGAAAAAAUAUAGACAGAUGUCCAUUCUUGUGCAUCCUGAUAAAAACCCAGAUGAUCCUGAUAGAUCUCAAAAGUCAUUUGAAGCUGUCAAUAAAGCCUACAAAACACUAGAAAAUGAAGAAGGACUGAAAAGGUGUAAGGAAAUUGUUGAAGAAGCAAAAACUAGAACUGAUGAUAUGAUUAAACAAAAGAAAAAGCAGUUAAAAAAGGAAGGAAAGCCUCAAGAUGUUCCAGAAGAUGAUAUAGAAAAGUAUAAGCAUGCUAUUUAUGUCCAGACUUGUAAACUUUUUGCUGAUCUAGAAAGAUUAAGACAAGAAAGGGAAGCCAAAGACAUGCAUGAAAGGAAACGUAAAGCAGAAGAAGAGGCAGCUGAAGAAGAGAAGAAAAAAAUGGAGAAAGAGUGGCAAAAGAACUUUGAGGAAAGCAGAACUGGAAGAGUAGAUAGUUGGAGAACUUGGAAUAAAAAAGCUAAAAAGACGUCUAAAGGAAAUUUAAAACCACCUAAACUUAAAGCAGAAAAACGAUAGCACUAAGACCAUAAAGGUUUAUAUUUAAAGUUUUAGUGUUGUUUUUUUUUUUUUAAUUGUAAAAACCCCUGAUGUCACAAAAUUGCAUUUUAAAGUAAUUUUCUCAGUAAUGUGUAUUUAAUGUUGGUAUUUGUCGAAUGCAAUUGUUUUAUAUGAAAUAGAAUUUAAAAGAAUACAGUAAUUAAAUCUGUUAAAAACCUUUUUCUCUAGGAAUAUAUAUUUUAUUGUUACUACUUAUAAAUUGGUGGAAUAUUAAUUCGAAAUACUUUUAAACUACAUUUUUGUUUAAAAUACACAGCCAUGUUCUGUCUCUAAAAAGUUUUGGUAAAAAACAAAAGAAAUUCAUUUGACCAGAAUUGUCUUUAACUCUAUGAAAUAGAAGCAGCUACCGUAUCAUUUUUUUAGAGCCUGUUGAAACAUAUUAAGUUAAGAUUGAAUAUUUAAUUUUAAAAGACUAAUGAUGAAAAAAGAUUAUUUCACAUAUUCUAACUUAAUCUUAAACCCUUGUUGUUACAAUGAAUAGAAAAAGCAAUAUUGUUUUAUUAAUGGUUUAACAUCUUAAAAUUCAGCAUUGAAAGUUUACAGACCUUUUUCUAUAGAAUUAAACAAUCAAAUAGCUUUUAAAACAUUUCUGAAAGCUUCAGAUGCAAGAAGUUAAAAAUUAAAUAAUUAUAAGCCUUAAAAUCAUAUUACUUUAGAAUAACUUGUAAUUUUUUAGUACACUUUGGUUUCUAGGAGGAAAAGAAUUGAGAAAGAUAUUAGUUUGUAAGUUGUUUUACAAUAACACAUCAACUUUUAAGAUGUUAAUGUGGUAUAUAAUUGAAGGCAUUAAAUAAUUUCUAUACCUUCAUUUCAUGUAAUGACAAAUACAAAAAAAAUACAGAAAUAAACUGCUAUUCUCAUAACGCAAGCUACAAUAGAUUUUAUCACAUACCAUGCACAUAUGUAUUAUACAGUUACAUUAAAUGUGGUGAUUUUACCAUGCAAGAAUUUUUUCAUAGAUUCCAGAUUUUUUUGGUUUUUUAAUAUUUAUUCUGGUGUUAUGGAAAUGUAAUGUCACAAUACUACCUACCUGAUAGCUAUUUCUCCUGAAAAUUAAUAAUUAAAUGAGAUUGCUGAUGUGAUAUUAUCACAUUAAAGUUUGAAGUGAGUGUAUUUGUGUAUGUGAUAAGUUGUGAGAGAUUUUGAGUAAAUGCUGAACUAUUUAGAUAUGUGUGAUAUGUAAUCUUGUAGCAUAGUUUUUAAAAAGUAAAACAUUAUCGGUUUAAUUUUGUUUAGAAAGAUGAAUCUUUUGAAACUCUGCUACUAAUUAUAAUUACAUUUAUCAGUUACUUUUAAAUUCAGAUUAAAAACAUGGAUUCUUGUAUAUAGGCCUAUGUGUGAAUGCUAAAAAUAAUCUAAGAAUUAAUAGAUUGUUUUAUAGUUUAUUUUCUUCCCAAUUAUGUCCAAGUGAAAUCAUUGUAAGCUAAUAGUUGCCUGUUUAUAAAUUUUGUUAAGAAUGUUAAAAAAAAAAUCUAAAAUUAUUCUUUGAUAUAUAUGUAUACCAUGUUCAUUAUUAUGAAUUGUCAAUUUAAAUGGUUUUCUUUUUUAAAGAAAUUAAACUUUUGGAGCUGACAAA